AUGUCUUUUGCCAAACGAUUCGUUUCCACCGCCAGCACAAUGUCUCAAGUCUACUUCGACAUCGCUAUCAACAACGCCCCCGCUGGCCGAAUCACCUUCAAGCUCUUUGACGACGUUGUCCCCAAGACCGCCGCCAACUUCAGAGCUCUCUGUACCGGUGAAAAAGGUUUCGGUUACGCCGGAUCAGGAUUCCACAGAGUUAUCCCCCAAUUCAUGCUCCAAGGUGGUGACGUGAACCACAACGGUACCGGUGGUAAAUCCAUCUACGGAAACAAGUUCCCCGAUGAAAACUUCAAGCUCAGACACGACCGACCUUUCCUCCUCUCCAUGGCUAACGCCGGUCCCAACACCAACGGUUCUCAAUUCUUCAUCACCACCGUUGUCACCUCUUGGUUAGAUGGUAAACACACCGUCUUCGGUGAAGUUACCUCCGGUCAAGAUCUCGUUAAGAAGAUUGAAUCUUACGGUUCUGACUCUGGUAAGCCCAAGGCCAAGGUCACCAUCACUGCCUCUGGUACCGCCUAA